CGGAUGUAUGUAUUUCACGCGCCUCGUAGUCAGAUGUCAACGAAGGACGAGAGACUGUGACUUUCAGCUGCUUUCAAUAACGUUGUUCUACGAGUGUAACGUUGCUUUUCACAUCAGCAUGCAGCUUACUCGUUGCGUUGCGAUAAUAAUUCUUCGUUUGCUCGGAUCGAUGGUAGCGGCAAGUUGCGAGGGAUCGAUAACAGUCGCGAAAUGGGGAUCGAUCGAGGGUCGAAGCAUAGAAAAAUACACGUUAAAAAAUAAAUCGGGUCAAGAGGUGGAUAUCGUAACGUACGGUGCAACGAUAACGUCCGUUAGAACGCCGGAUAAACAUGGUAACAUCGCAGACGUUGUUCUGGGCUUUGAUAACAUAGAAGGAUACUUGUCAAAAGACAACCCGUACUUUGGCGCGACCGUAGGAAGAGUCGCGAACCGUAUAGGAGGGGCAGAGUUCGUUCUGAACGGAACGAUAUAUCGUUUGGCUAAGAACUCGGGAAAGAACAGCCUUCACGGUGGUUUCAAGGGUUGGAACUCGAAAAUAUGGAACGCUACGAUUCAAGGCGACCGUCUGGUGCUUUCCUUGUUGUCCGAGGAUGGCGACGAAGGUUAUCCCGGUGCUGCCAUAGCCUCGAUUACCUUCCAGCUAACCACCGACGGAGAAUUACGCAUCGAGAUGAAAGCUUUCGUUACUAAACCAACACCUGUCAACUUGACUAAUCAUAGUUACUUCAAUUUGGCUGGCCAUAAUACUAAUUCGAGCGAACUGUACAAACAUCGAUUCACCUUGAAUGCGGAUCGUUGGACGGUCACCGAUACUGAAAGCAUUCCCACCGGCGAAAUUCGACCGGUCGAAGGUUCCCUCAUGGAUCUUAGAAACUCGACUACGCUUGGAGAUGUGAUCGAUAAAUUACCGGCUGGUGGUUACGAUUACAAUUUUUGCGUAACGAACGCUAAUUCGAAUGAAAAGAAUCUGGUAGCUAAAGUUGAACAUCCGGCUUCUGGAAGACGCUUGGAGGUUUUCUCGAAUCAACCAGGUGUACAGUUUUACACGGCUAAUUUUCUACCCGCACCUGGUACCGCGGGUGUUCAAGGCAAAAAUGGAAGCGCGUAUUUUAAACACGCAGCGUUUUGUUUAGAAACGCAAAACUAUCCGGACGCUGUUAAUCAUGAAAACUUCCCAAAUAGCAUUCUCGAACCUGGGCAAAUCUAUCUCCAUACAGUUGUCUAUAAGUUUGGAGUUGUAGCUUAAAUCAAGCUAUUGGGAAGCAGGUCGUCGACCGAUUUUUGAUAAAAAUAUUAUUAUAAUAAUGUGAUACUAAUUUGGUCUACAACCAAUGUUUAUACAUUUGAAAUACAUGUCUCGAAUUAUAUUCCAACA